GUUUGUCGCCGGUGGGCGCAGCAGACGGGCUGCGUGCGUCUUGUGGCCGAAUGAUUGAAUCGGAACGUCCACAGGGUUGAAUGCAUCGCCCUGACAGGCUUCCUGUUACGAGCAGCUACCACAGCGAGCGGCUGGCAUGUGACAGCUCGACGGCGAGCCGGAGAAGCAUGAGCGGCGAAAAGUUCCCCGACAUCCGGACGGUGGUAGGGAUCCAGUACUUCUCCGAUGUCUCGUGUCCGACCAAGUGUCAGGCCAUGGUCCUCGGGGCCGUGGUCCUGGAGAACGUGACCAUCAGUGCCGACGAACUGCGGCGCAUCAUGUGCGAUCAGCUGCCGUCGCUGCCCACCCACUUUACUUUCGUCACCAAAGAACGGUGGCCUGUUCAAAAAAGUCAAGAGCAUCUUGUGCGGGUCUCCCAUCUUGUGACAGAAGAGAGACUUGUAAGCAUUUCUAGGUAUUAUGAAAAACCCAGGAUAGGGGUGCUGUCAACUGGAGGAAACUCCCUUGGUUUCGUCUUCAGCGACUACAACGCCAUCUUGAGGCAGUUCCGAGAUGCCGUCAUUGAGCAGCUGCACGACCCUAAGACAGCCCGGCCAGAAUUCCGGUUUGUGGAAGGCAAUGGCUGGCCCAUCACGACGCGGCAGGAGGCAGCGUUGACUGUCCUGGACGUGCUCAACAACCGCAACCUCUUCAUCCAGCUGGGGACGGUGCCCACGGGAAACAUCAUGCCCCCUCCCAUUUUGCCUCCACUGCCGAGCACCCUGAUGACCCAGCGGCCGACCUCGACAUCCUCACAGGUCACCUCAAUGACUUCGGACGAGUGGGACGGCAAACGGAAAAAGUCUGUGCGCUUUGGGCGAAGUGAACCAAAGCCCAUCCUUAUCAGCUAUGUCAGAGCUGAAACUGCACAGCACGCACUCAACCUCAAACAGGAGUUGCUCAAGAUGAAUUUCAGCGUGUACCUCGACAUUGAUGAAAUCAAAAUCGGCAGCGACUGGCAAGAUGCCUUAAAUUACGCCGUGAGCGAAUGCCACCUGUUCGUGCCUCUUAUAAGCCCUAUGUAUGGGAAGACUCAAUGGACAAACCGAGAGGUGAAACUAGCGGACGUCCUUCACAAGGUGAUCAUCCCAGUCAACUUUCUGGAGAGCUGGCCUCCGGAGUGCUUGGCAAUACAAUUUGCGUCGACACAGUACAUAGCGGCCUGGAAGUUGUGCGAGCAUGAGAGCAGCCAAGGUAAGCAGACUCAGGUAUGUUGUGGAAGAGACUACACUCAUAGCUUCUUGGACUCCCUGCCAGCCGUGGGUGAAAUGUACAAGAAUGAUUACCGCAUCUGGGACGACAACAACCUUAAGCGGGUAGCCAAAGAAAUUGCCGAGCGGUAUCGGCAAACUGUCAAGAGGGAGCAGAUAGCCGAGAGACGGGCAAAGACGUCCAUAAAGCAGCCCAAGCGAACUUCCCACCUGGGAACCCUGGCGACCGUCGAAGAGAUCCCCAUGACAAGGCCCCAGUCGAGGGUGGAGGCCACUGGGUACAGCCACGGCUUCGCGGAACAGAUGGAGCAGCUAGAGCCAAAACAACUUAUUGUGAUCAGUGCACACCCCAAGCAGAAGGACAUUGCGCAAGAAAUUGCUAGACUCUUUGAGAGGGACGGCUUAAAGGUGUGGAGCACGACGGAACUAACAGAGAGCCGUGACAGCUGCUCGGAUACGGAGAGCAUUCCAACUAAUCCCAACACGCCGCGAGAGCUGGCACCCAUCCCGGAGGGCGAGCGCAUCUUGAGCGAUGUCUACAGGGAUGCCCACAACCGCAUUCUGGAGCACAAGCGGCUGAGUUCCCUUCGAGAUCAUGAACCUGCGGAAAACCGUGCUGUGUGUCGCCUGGCCUCUCAAGCAAGCGAUGUCAGCGUAGCAUCUGUACUUGCGGGAGAAAAGCUAGAAAGGGUGAAACGUUUCCAGCAAAAGGCAGUUCGGGCUAAGGUCGUGAUAGUGCUCAUCACAAAGGACUACACUGGCUCGAAGACAUCUGAGCAACAGGUGUUCUACUGCGAGCACAGAAAGCAUGUUGUUCUGGUGAAGUGCGACGACUGGCCCAUCCCGUGCUGGUUCUCCUCCUUGAUGGGCAAUGAUGUCAUCAUUAGGGACAGCCCACAGUUUGAGAACACUCUGAAGACCCGCGUGAGACGAGCAAUGAGCCCGGACUCCUCGGAGACUCCGAAAGAUGCUGCCGUGGAGGCAACUGUACAGUCUUGGGUUAGCUUCAUGAAGAAAGAAAUAUCAUGCAUAGAGACGUGUGUUUAUAUUGCCGGAAGCAGCAAGCUCCAAUCAACAAGAUCAGAAGAAAUCUGCAGGGAGAUAGGUAAACAGCUAGCAAAGUUGCACAACGUUGGCGUAGUCACCGGAGGAUUCUUCGGAGCCCCAGACGUGGUGGCACGGACCUUCCACGAGUUUCGCGAAAACAAUGGCCAAAUGGACCCACGUGUGUUCCACAUCUUGCCCAAGAGAGAUGACAAGAUCUUCGCAGGAAAAGUGCUGCAGAACAGCGACGGCUCUUUUGCAGAGGUCGACUACGGCCGAAAUCUGUUCUUGGGAAAUUCCAUUAAGGAGAGGGAGUGUGCCGUGGCUCGUGCAUUUGACACGUGCAUCGUCAUAGAAGGGGGUCCCAGUGCUGCACACGAAGUUGAACAGUUUGUCUGGAACGACCACUUCGUGGUGCCCGUGGUGUCAACCGGGGGUGCCGCAGGUGGACAGUACGGGGUGCCGCUCAAGAUUCUCGAGGUGAACUUCUGCACUACGCGGCUCCAAAGAGCAGCGCCUGAGCCACCCCUUUCUUUCUGCACAGACACCCCACUGCAUAACGGAGGAGAAGUGGUCUGUGCUUUCGGAGAAGGAGGCACCGCCAGCAGAGGUGGCCAAGGCAGUGGUCGAGAUUGUCAUGCAGCUCAAGAAGGCCAUGAUCUCGCACACAAAGUCGCAUCUGGUGCGGAACAAGUACAAGAAGCUCAAAAAGCGUGCCCGCCAUGGGCGAGAGCCCGUGGAGCAGCAGACGUCAGACGCAUCGCGUGCCACAGACCCCGCAGUUACUCAGAACACCAAGAACCCAGUCUCCUUCAGAGCCAUGUCGCGCUGGCAGAGGAUUCUGAAGUACUUCAGAAGCAUUUCAACUUCAUAGCACUUGUUUCUAAGUGACAAGGAAGGAAUCAACUCCAAAGAUUUAAGUCACACUCCAGCAAUCAAUGCACCUUGGGCAUUUGUUGUGCAAUAGUCUAGACUUCCUGCACAGAAGCCUGUCUUUUGUUUUAGGUGAGCAUCCAAAUGCUUCAGCUUUCUCAGCUGUAAAGAAUGAAAGAGUAGAAUGAUUCACCUCACCCACACACUAUUGCGACACACUUCCAAGCUUCAUCACCAUCUUGUAGCAUCCUCACACUCCGCAUCUUGUACUCAAGAGCAAGAUCAACUGCCUUUUUUUAACAUCAAGAACUUAACUUUAUUGAGGUAUUCAGACAUAGCACAACUUUUUUUUUGCGUCUCAUUUUGAGAGCGACACCUCGACAAACCUUUUCGGCUUACUUAAAAGGCCAACAUGUUAUCACAGUUUUUAGAGCGAACAUGAGAGCAGUCGUAACAAAACCUGUCUAGAAAGCUACACCAAAUGUCAAAAGGCGGUAUAUACAGGGCCUGAGUACGGAACAGAUCACAAUGAUUGUACAUACUCCUUUCCACAUAAUAAACUAUCAUCUUCUGA